AUGGAUCCUAUAUUGGAAAAUGAAUCAGCAACAUCGGAAUCAGGAAGCAAACAUGGAAAAUCUAAACAUAGAAAUAAAAAGAAAAAAAAUCAACUAGAAUUUCAAAAUGAAAGUCAGACAGUUGUUGGUGAAAAAAAGAAAUUUGUUGUCACGACUUUAACCACCUCGGAUGAUCAAAAUAUUCCUUCCGAACAUUUACCGCAAAGCAAUGUUCAUACUAUUCAUUUUGGCACACGUGGUGUUGAAUCACAGAGGCCCAAUGUAAGGUCAAUUUUUAGAGAUAGACCUGCUGAAUCAUCAAGGCCGUCAAGUGCAGAAAGGGAAACGGCGAAUAAAAAAGAAUACGAAACCUUUCACGGAACAUCGUCUAGUCCAAGAAGUUCUAUAUUUGAUAUAUUUCGAAUAAGAAGGAAAAGUGAUUCCAAAAAGCACCAAUCUCUUAUUCAAAAUGUUAAAGGUGCUUUGGGUGGGACCACCAAAUCUGCAGAAGCUCCAGAAAAUUCUAAAGAAGAUCCAAAUUUACAAGACACAAAAGAGUCUCAUAAAAAAUAUUAUUAUACCGUAACGGGAGUUUCUUCAAGGAAGUCCAGCCCCAUUACUAGAGUCAUGGAUAUAUUCAGAAGUAAGCCCCAACCUCAGCCGGAACAGAAUGCGGCUGAAACUGUUAAGAAAAAGAAUACGAAACAAGCUCGUCGAUCCUCCAUAGGAACGACUUCACCUACUUAUCAUAAAAAUUCGUAUGCUUCCUUAGAUCCUGUACAAGCUAAACAAUUGUUCAGGGAAGUUCGUGGGCUACCGAAGUAUGAUCCAUACUUAUCAAUUGUGCAAAUUUCUUUAGGUGGUCGUGACAAAACAAGACUUCUUUUGAAUUUUUUCAAAUACCACAAGUGUUAUGAAAUUCUUCCUAAGUCAGCAAAAGUGAUAAUAUUUGAUACUAUGUUCCCAGUUAGGAAAACGUUUCCUACAUUAGUUUCCCAUGGUAUCCGAUCAGCUCCGUUGUGGGAUGCUACUAAAAAAUUACUCGUAGGUAUGAUUACUGUCACUGAUUUCAUUAGAAUUCUUUUACAUAUUGAAAAUGAAAACGGUUCGAUGGAUGAAUUAGAGAAACAUACUCUUCAUAAUUGGAAGAAAAUUUUAAGGCCUACGCGUAAACCUUUAUGUAGUGUAAGCCCUGAUCAAUCGUUACAUGAUGCUAUAAAUUUACUUAAUAAAAAUAGAGUUCAUCGCCUUUUAAUGAUCGAUCCACUAAGUGGAGAUGUAUUGUAUAUAUUAUCCCAUAAAAGAAUAUUAAGAUUCUUGUUCGUAUAUCUGAAUGAAUUUCCUGAAUUAACGUUUUUUCAUAAAAAUUUGAUUGAUUUAAAAAUCGGUACAUAUGAAGAUAUAAUAUCUGUUACUGAUGCCACAAAUAUUAAAGAAGCUUUUCAGCUAUUAUUAGAGAAAGAUGUUUCAGCUUUACCCAUUUUAGAUGAAAACGGUGUUCUUAUUAAUGUCUACGCUAAAUACGAAGUGUUGAAUUUGGUGAGUGAAAAGUUAUAUUUGAAUUUAUCGUUAACCAUAGGUGAUGUACGAAACAAAAAGAAAGACUGGGAAGAAAAGUUACAAAAAUGUCCUUCAAGUAUUACUUUAUAUGAGGCCUUAGAAAUUAUAGUUAGAACCGAGAGUCAUCGAUUAUUAUUAGUAAAUAAGGAUGAUAAGCUUAUAGGAAUUGUUUCACUGUCAGAUAUUUUAGUUUAUCUAAAUAGGAUUAUUCCGACAGAAAAGAAAGUUUCAUCACUGCAGGAAAUAUUUAGGCCAUUGGAAGUAAACAAAGUACCCGAAGCAUUAAGAGAAAGUGAGAAUGAAGUCAUAACUCUUACUGUACCUAAUAUAAGAGCGCAAAAUGUACCUGAGGCAAAUACAGCCAUUUGUGAGUCACAUAAUUCUACAGAUGACGUUAAGGAAGUAAUGACUAAUGAAUUGGAGACUGAAGUAGAAGACACUAGUCCAAAUGGUGAGACAGAUAUUGAUAAUACGAAGUCAGCUAAAAUACCACAAUCUCAAUCAAACGUUUAGAUUUAAAAAAUGAUGAUUCGUAAUUUUAAAUAAUUCCAAAGAUAUAAAUACAAUUAGUGUAUUCAUCUCAAAUAUGCUUUCUGCUUGUAACUUAUGAUAUUGUAAAUUAACUUAUUACUUAAUUGUUAAUAGUAGCAAUCAAUACCACGUGAAUGCCUUAUUUAUUGUUUAACCCAUUAUAAUAUAUCGCUAAAAACCUAAUAAAAUAUUUUAGCAGCA